AUGAACAUAUUUAUUAAGAUUCAUUACCUUGCAGGUGCGGGAAUAGGGUCAGCGGGUGGUCCAAUUGGAGCCGGGGUCGGAGCAGUUUUGGGGGGCAUAUUUGGACUGAUAAAAUUAGCCGCGGGUGAGGAUGGCUGCGAUGAGUCGAAUGAUUUUGCAAAGGAAUUGAAUGGCGUCCAGAACAAGUUGGAAGACGUCAGUAAAAAAAUUGAUGACGUUGGGAACAAUGUCCAAAUCGGAAGAAAGGAAAAUAAAAUCAACCACAGGAUCACCCAAGACCUCGUGCAAGUGUCAAGAGGAGAAAAUCAGAUAAACUUCGAAAUCAACAGAGGCUUGAUCAACCAGGGCAGAGUUGAGAAUAGCAUCAACUUCGCCAUCAACCGCGGUUUGAUACAGCAAGGAAGGCAAGAAAACUUGGUUAACUUCGCCAGAACUCAGGGUCUUGUCAAUCAAGGAAGAGUUGAGAAUCAGAUUAAUUUUCAAAAGACCCAAGGGUUGAUAAAUCAGGGAAGAGUGGAGAAUUUCAUGAACUUCAAGGAGACUCAGGGCUUGAUUAACCAAGGAAGGCACGAAAACCUUAUGAAUUUCGCCCUGACCCAAGGACUCGUCAAUCAAGGGAGAGCAGAGAACCAAGUUAACUUUGCCAUAACAAGAAGUCUUAUAAAUCGUGGUAGGGAAGAGAACCAAAUCAAUUUCAGGGUAACUCAAGGACUAAUCAAUCAAGGAAGGACUGAGAACUUGAUCAACUUUGGCAUCACGCAAGACCUCAUCAACCAGGGUCGAUGGGAAAACUUGAUGAAUUUCAAAGCCAUUCAGGGAUCUGUAGCACAACUGAGGGAUGACACCUUGAAAGGCUUCUCCUUCCUGUCAAAACAGGCUGACAGAAAUCUUGAAGCUAUCACAAUAGCUCGACUAGAAGUGAUGCAGGGGUUUAAUGGCGCCUAUAAACUCCUGGACAGAAACUUCGAUGCGACAAAUGCUGGUCGCGUAGAGAAUCUGAAGAACUUCGAAAUCACAAAGAACUUGAUCAACCGAAUAGGAGACGCUGUAAUUCGCAAUCAAGCACAAGCAAUGGCUGAGCGUAUGCUAUUCUACACAUCAACAGUGAACCUCAUCAGAGAAUCCACCAAUGAAACAAUCAGUGCAAUAGAUGACGCCAAGCAAAAAAUUUUGAGAUCCAUUGAAAAAAGCAGGGUGGAGCCCAUACUAUCCAAACUAACUACCUUUUUAGCGUAUUUUAAUGGUGAAUUGGAGGGAAUUAAAUCAUCCAACAUGAAGCAAAUUUUGGCAAAGUUUCAAGAACCAAAUGGACUCCUAUUUUACCUGACAGAGUCCAGGACACCAAGGGCGGUGAACAGCCUUCACUCCCUUCUCUCGGACAUCAUCAAUCAAGGUCUCGCUAUUCCGAAGAGCUCUGAGGAUGAGUUGGCAUUGAUUACUCUGGAUGCUCUCUUCACCGGCACUCAAACAUAUGUCUCGGUCCUUGCGUUUCUGAUGGAAGCCUACUCGUUCCUUGCUGAUCAUUACUAUCAGGAGAUGGAUGUUAAACAAUUUCAUUCUCACAUAACAUUGAUCAAUGUGAGAUACAAUGAUUUCAAAAGGUCACUGAAUGAUGGCAUAAUUGAUCAAGUUGCGGACAUUCUUCUCCGAGUCGAGAGAACCGGAUUUGUAGAUGGGGACACGUUGUUCUCAAAGCGACGCCAGAACCUGGAAGCAUUGAGGGAGGGCAUCAUAAGCUUUGAUGCUACUUUAAAGGAUCUUCAAACCGAACCAGCAAAGCUACAGAGAAAGCCCGAGUUUCCGCCUUUCAAAGACAAUGUUCAUGGACCCUGGAAACCAGGAAGGGCAGUGAGCUACGCAAUCCAAUAUGAAUUCAAUAACGUUUUGUCUAAAAUUGGAGAAUUCACAGAAGAAUUUAUUCUUGCGGAAGGCAUGGCCAAUCCUUUAAUACACGUCCCGUCAGCUCCAGCUAGAGUAACAAGUCGUUUGGUUUUCCGAAAAUUUGACGACGAAAAUCCAGAAUAUGUUGGAGAAAUCGGAGGCAACAAACCAACUUCCUUCCGGGACAUUGACAAGGACCUCUUCAAUGCAGCUGGGAGUCUCAAUGAGGCUCUUGCUGCGGUCGAAGUAAGAAAAUUAUUGGAUUCUGGAGCAAACAUUUCAGCCACAUUUGAAGAUGAGAUGACUGCGCUGCACAAAGCAUCUGCAGCUGGAAAUAGUCGAAUUGUGGAGAUAAUUAUUAAAGCUGGAGCCGACUUGAACGCGCCUGAUCUUCAAGGUCACAAACCAAUUCAUCAUGCUGCAGAAGCUGGGUAUGUUGAAACUGUGAGAAUGCUUUUAUCCUUGGGUGCCGACGCGAACUCCAAGACAGGAGAUGAUCUCACUCCUUUGCACAUUGCUGCUCUUUAUGGCAAUGGAGAUGUUUUACAAUACCUCUUGACUUUGAAGGAUAUUAAUGCAAAUGCCAUCACGAAGGACACAUUUACAGCUAUACAUUUGAGUGUUAUGGCAGGGCAUAUUUCUGCGACAGGCAUCUUGGCUGAUAAUGAUGGUGUGAAUGUCAACGCACCAGAUAGCAAUUUUUUCAGUCCACUCCAUCAUGCAGUGGCUACUGAGAAUAAAGAAAUUUUGAAAUUAUUACUCCCAAAUGCAAGAAUAAAUGCCAAUGCAAAAACCUCGGAUGAUUUGACUGCGCUCCAUUUGGCUGCCAUAUCAGGCAAUAAAGACAUUGUGGACAUGCUUUUGACUCAAGGCAACGUCAACAUUUGGACACAAAGUGUUGGUGGUUACACAGCAUUGCACAUGGCUGCAGCCAACGGACAUUCUCAAAUCGUACAGUCACUCCUCGGCACGUUGUCUACGCAGUCACCAAAUUUGAUCAAUUCCUUAUCUGCUGAAAAAUGGACUCCCCUUCACUUGGCCAUAGCUUUCAAGCACGAUCGAGCCAUUACUCAGCUUCUCUUGCACUCCAACGUAGACAUCAAGGUGAAGGCAGAAGGUGGCUUGACUCCACUGCAUUUAGCUGCUGGAACAGACCAGCCACAAGUUGUGUCUAAACUGAUACUAUUAGGAGCCAAUUUGGAAGAACAGUCGGAUCUUGGCUUGAGAGCAAUACAUUAUGCUGCCUGGUACGGUAGAAAGAAUGCUGCAUCCGUUUUACUUCGACAAGCUGACAUCAAUGCCAAGACACAGUUUGCUCUCACCCCACUCCACUUAGCUGUCAUUGGUAAUCAUAUCAGCAUUGUUGAACAACUGACAGCAAGACCGAAUCUGCAAAUUCACAGUGCUGCCGAAAAUGGGGUCACUGCCCUGCAUUUUGCUGCUGUUGGUGGGAAGGAUGCCAUCUUGGUUCACCUUUUGCAGCAUGGAGCUGAAGUGAAUGCAAAGGACAGAUUUGGGAAGACCGCACUGGACAUGGCAAUUGAGAAUGAACAAAAGUCGACAUCCAAUCUGCUUAAGCUACAUGGGGGAAAAUCAUCAAUAUGCUUACAAAUUGGUGACAGCAAUGCGAAAAAUAAGGAAGGCUUUACAUUGCUUCAAGUUGCAGCACAAAAAGGCGAUCUUGGCAGAGUCCUAGAACUGGUAUCUUGUGGUGCUAAAGUAGAUGCAUUGAGCAGUAUUGGCAGCAAUGCAUUGCACGAAGCUGCGUAUUUUGGCAGAAGUGAUGUUGUUGCCGCUCUUAUUGAUUCUGGAAUCGAUGCGAAUGCGAAAAAAACUGAUGGCUGGGCAGCCAUUCAUUUAAGUUGUCUAGCGAGCGAUCCGGUGCCAACACUGAGGAUAUUAUUGCGGAAAGGAGUCGAUGUAAAUUCGGUAACGGAUGACGGCAAGACUGCAUUGGAUAUCGCGAUCGAGGAAAGAAACUCUCGUGCCGAAGCCUUUCUUCGGUCCCAGGGAGCAAAAACUGCCAUUUGCGUCCAUCCUGAGACCCUGGAUCUGCGAGAUGACGAAGGGCUGACGAAGCUCCAUAGAGCAGCGCGUGAUGGAAGAACAACCGAUGUGAAAAACUUGAUUUCCUGCGGUGCUAAUGUUCAUGUCCUUAGCCACAUAGGCAGUACAGCUCUUCAUGAAGCUGCUUACUAUGGAAGGGAUGAAGUAAUCGUUGAGUUGCUGAAGGCAGGGGCGAAGAUCAACCAGCGGAAGGAGACAGUAAAUGGCUGGGCUGCAAUUCACCUAGCAUCACUCAAUGGGCACUGGAAUACAGUGAACCUUUUGCUGAAAAGUGGAGCUGACAUAAAUCUGACUACCUUGGACAGACAAACAGCCAUUGAUGUUGCUGUAAAUAAUGGACAGGAGAAAAUUACCAGCUUGCUGAAGCAACAUGGCGGUCGUGCCUUUGACUGCAUUGGAUUAAAUAAUCUCAAUGAGAAGGACUCAAAUGGCUGGACUUCCCUUCACUAUGCAGUCCACGAGGGGAAUGGUGAAAAGGUUAAGGUGCUUCUGAAAUGUGGCGCUUCACAAAACAUCUUUAGUUCCAUCGGCAGUCUUCCCAUCCAUGAGGCUGCAUUUGGAGGAUAUGAAGGUAUUGUCAGAGAGCUCCUUUCUGCAGGAGUUGAUCCCAACGUGCCGAAGAAAGAUGGGGCGACCGCACUCCACCUGGCUGCCGUUGAAGGCAAAGCGUCAGUUAUUAAGGCACUCCUUGAGAAAGGGGCUAAUGCAAACAUCAAGUCUCCUGGAGGCCUGACCCCUUUGGACUAUGCUAUUGGUAAUGGGCACAAUGAUGCGGCAAAUGUUCUGAGGUCAUAUGGUGGAAUUCAUGGCUGA